ACCGCGUCAAAAUCCGGUCAAGCACAACCUUGCCACGCCCGCGCCCACGCCCACGCCCACGCCCACGCGACGCAGCAGGACCAGUACCAAUCCGCCCGCCGGCACCCCGACGCCAACCCCAACGAACAAUCGCAACUUUGACUUUGCAACUCUCCAGCCACCAACCGUCGCGUCUGCCAGGUCUCCGAGGACCCCAGGCACAGGCAAAGGCACAGCAAAGGCAGAGGCACGAGAACACCGAAGAUGUCGAGCCAGGCGGGCAAAUGGCGCGAGGAUCAGGUCCUCGUCAUCUGCCCCGGCAGCAAGACCACCAUGGCCCAGCUGGGCUGUGCUGAGCUUACGCCGCCCGCGCAUCGGUUCCCCACGCGCAUGUUCAGGGACGAAGAGGGCGACAAAUGGCGGCCGUACCAUACUUUCAAGCGCAAAAAGAAGGUCACUAGCAAUGGUGCCGCUACGGCUGUCGCUACAUCUGCUUCCACAGCUGCUGCCUCGGCUCCUCCUGCGUCCUCCACUACCGAGAUGGACGAGUGGGAAUGGGUAGAGGAUACCGAUUCAGAAGAAGGCGCCGUGUACCCCAUGCAAGGCGGUCGCAUCGUCAACAUGGAGGCAUUUCUCGCUUUUCUCGAUCACAUACACGGCAUUCUCACGACGACAUAUCACAACACGCCCAUCAUGCUCAUGGCAUCGCCACAGUGGACGCGCCCCGACACGGAGACUGUAACUCGGUACAUCUUCGAAAAGACCCGCACGCCGGCCCUCUGCCUCAUCCACAGCGGCAUCGCGACGCAAUACGGCCUCAAGUGGGGGAACAUGACGGUGGUCGACAUUGGGUACGAGAAAGUCGACGUGACUUGCAUCUACGAGGGCCGCGUGGUCAACCACAGGGCGUUGGGAUACCCCUCGCCGGAGCGCGACAUCUCGGGAGGCGAAGUGUUCACGCGGAAGCUGCUGGAACUGCUCGAGGGAAGCCGCUUCACCUACGACAUGGCCGAGCAGUUGAAAAAGAGCCCCAUUUGCGAAGUGCUACCCUAUGCCCCGGACCACCCGAAGUUUAUGGAGCUGCCGACCGAGUCGACAGCAGCAGCUGCGCCGCUCGGCAACGGCAGUGGCAACGGCAGUGGCAACGGCAGUGGUAACGGCAACGGCAGUGGCAGUGGCAGUGGCAGUGGCGGCACCAGCACCAGCACCAUUACCACCGCCACGGCUGCGCCCGCGGGUCCUGAAGUUCCCAAAGUCAACGAGCCUUACAAGCCGGCGGCGGCUGAUGGCGAUGAAGCAGACGUCCUGCCAGGGGCCGAUGCCGAUGGCGUCUUGGACGUGGCGACCAUCGUCACGAGCGGCAACGCUCGGGAGUUCUUGGCGAAGAAGGAGAAGGAGAAGACGGAAAAGGGAAAGGGUCGCAAGGCCAAGGGCCAGGAAGCCGACGCUGCCAAGACGGCUCGACUACCCAACUCGAAGAGGAUGCGCAAUGUGUUCCAGUACGAGGAAGUCGUCCAGGAGGAGGUGCCUCUCGUAGAUACUACGGGGGGCGCAGGUGCCAAGGAAGGAGAAAAUAGGGGGGGCGAGGCCAAGCAGGACGAGGCCAGAGAAGGUGAAGCCAGAGAAGGUGAAGCCAGAGAAGGUGAAAGCAAAGAAGGCGAAAGCAACGACGUGGAAAUGACGGACGACUCGAAGCCUGCCGCUGAAGCCACGGCCACCGAGGAAAAGCCUACCGCUACCGAGUCCGCGCCAGCCUCGACCACCGAACAAGUGACGGAGCCGCCGACCGAGGACCAGCCCGCACCUGGUGCGGCCGCCAGGGAGGCAGCAGCAACAGCGGCAGCAGCAGCAACAGCGGCAGCAGCAGCAACAGCGGCAGCAGCAGCAGCAUCGCACCAGACCGUCACGCACAACAGGAGGGUGCGACGUGAGAUCGAAGUCGGCCUGGAGCGCUUCACCUUUGCCGACCGCGCGGAGAUUGACCGCAUCGUGUGGACCAUCUACAACACGAUCCAGAACGUCGACGACAUGUACAUGCGCCCCGCCUGCUGGGACAACCUCGUCUUCGUCGGCAACGGCGCGCGGCUACGCGGCCUCAAGGAAAACAUCGUGCAGACGCUGAACGCGCGCCAUCUCAUCUCGCCGAGCACGGCCACCAUGUUCACCUCGGAGCUGCCGUCCAACCUGGCCACGCCGACAGGCACCGGGUCGCAGACGCCGACAGGUUCCGUGUCGGGGGCGCCGCACCAGCUGCUCCCCACCGGCGCGUUGUCGUCGUCGUCGGGCGUCAACCCGCUCCUCCAAGCCGCCACCACGGCGUCGUCCCUCGGCGUCGUCCCUUCUACGCCCGUCCCGCAGGGCAGCGCGGCGGGCGAGGGCGCGGCGGGCGGCGGUGCGCAACAGCAUUCGAUCCACUUCCACAGCCAGACGCCGACGAGCAUCAAGCUGGCGGCGCUGCCGACGUACCUGUCUGAGUGGAACAAGAACGGCUUUGAGGAGGCCAUGUUCCUGGGCGCACAGGUGGCGGCCCGUCUUGCGUUUUGCGUUCAUAACCUAGAUAUGGCGGGGUUGGAGGCGCAGAAGCUGAUGAGCUUGAGCCGAGUUGAGUACAAUGAACUGGGACCCAAGGGCAUUCGGACGCAUUCGAUGCUGCAGUAACCCCCCACAAACCCGGACCGACACACCAAAAGUUACGUUUGUUUCUCCGCAAAAAGGAGAGCAAAACAUGAUACAUUCUUGACAGGAGGCGGGAGACAAAAGAAAGAAACAGGAAGAAGGUUCUGAGAACCUGUAGCUCACUGUUGGCUACUCUUAUAACAUUGGCUUAGCUGUGUAUAUCCGUCCCUUGCAGCUACGAUUUUGACCACCGGGAGACUCGACAAGGUCUGAUGGGAAUUACGGUAGUGGAUUCAACCCGAAAUAUAGUAGGGCAAGACGGUGGUUAUUGAUCAAGCUGAUCGACCAUCGUGGUGAUCCAUCAUGAUAGCGUGGUAGUAUGUGUUGAAAAGCGAGAAAAUAAAACAAAAUAAAAUAAACAAA